UUCAUAUCUCAUAAAGCCUUCUUCCAUCUCAUUUUCGUAUACUUUAGUUUAUCUCAUUUCUCUCCUAUCUUAGGUUGUGAGUUCAUUUGUCAUUUAGACAUGGAGCUUAGUUUUAAGCACCAACUUGGCCUUGUUUGUGUCCUAUUGCUCUUUCCUUCACUUUGUUACUGCGAAUAUACUAAAUCCAGAGCAACCUUUUAUAGUACAUCUGAUGGCUAUGGGACUCCAACCGGAGCUUGUGGGUUUGGUGAAUACGGAAGGAAGAUGAAUUGGUACGAUGGAAAGGUCUCAGGGGUGUCUGAGCUAUGGAGGAACGGAGCUGGCUGUGGUACAUGCUAUUGGGUAAGGUGCCAAAUAGAAAAUGUGUGCGACGUGAAUGGAGUAUACUUGGCGGUAACAGACCAGGGUUAUGGAGACAGAACAGACUUCGUGAUGAGCGAACGCGCCUUCACAAAAAUGGGACUUAACGAGAAUGCAGCUCAAGAGCUUAAGAAAUACGGCACUGUGGACAUUGAAUACGAAAGGGUCCCUUGUACGUACACCGGCAAUGUUGUCUUUCAUAUUCAGGAAACUAGCAGCAACCCUGGUUACUUUGCUUUGGUCAUUCUCUACGUAAAUGGAAUUCACGACAUCACUAAUGUUGAGAUGUGGCAGCCGGAGUCUGGAGAAUGGAAGGCACUAAACAGGAACCAUGGGGCAGUGUUUGAUUUUCCUAACCCACCAAGUGGUGAAAUUCGGUUGAGGUUUAAGGUGAGUGGCAUGGCUGAAUGGGUGGACCCCAAGAUUGUUAUACCUAGUAACUGGGGGCCCGGAGCUUCUUAUGUCACCCAGGUUCAGCUCAAAUAGAAACAACCUCAGGAACAUAUGCAUUGCAAAUAAUAGGCACUCUAUUCAGUUUGUUUCUGAUACUGUGUCACUCCAUGUUCUAUUGUCAAAAGGGUCCAGAAUAAGGGCGGAUUCAUGUACUCCCCAUUUAAGAUUACUUGUAAUAUGAAUGAAAUGAAUUUCUCUUCUUGUGUUUUUACGUA